AUGAGAAUCAACGCCGUCAUCGCCUCCGUCAUCCUAGCUGUCACCGUCUCCGGUGCCGCCCUGCCAGUACCUGCUGCCGCAGCUGCUCCCGCCGCUAUCGACAAGCGUGAGGCUGAGGCUGAGGCUGAGGCUGGAUGGAACCUCCCUGGACGCCCUUACGGUUUACCUAUCGGCAAGCGUGCGGCCGACGCUGAAGCUGGGUGGAAACUCCCGAAACGCCCUUUUGGUCUACCUAUCGGCAAGCGUGAAGCCGACGCCGAAGCUGGGUGGAAACACGCGAAACGCCCUUUUGGUCUACCUAUCGGCAAGCGUGACGCUGACGCGACCGAGGAGUAA